CCCAAAUUAUUACGUAACAUUAUGUUCAUGUUCAUGUUGUCCUGUGAUUUUAAAGUAGUUCAGUUUUUAGUCAGCCCACAUAAACAUAGCGGCAGUUUAUUUUAUAUUGUGACAAAUCAAACUGCGGUGGCAGCAAAUGUGACUUGGCGGAAAGUAAAAAGCAGCUCUGCGAAUUAAGUCUGUCUGGUUUCUAUUCAGUUGAAUUUAAAGGUACAGUCUGAUAUUACCAUCAGGGGAGGUAACUAGAAUCACGGAUUGGGACUAGACUAGCAGUUGAAGGAAAGGACAAUGUUGAUGUUACUAGGUGUAGGGAUUAUAGUGGUCCUUGGGAUCAUUAUCUUCAAAUACUUGGACUGUGAUCUUACAUUGUUAUGGAAUCUUAAAUAUGGAAAACAGCCUAAUUGUCUAGCUGGAAAGGUAGUUUGGAUCACUGGCUGCUCCAGUGGUAUUGGUGAGGGUUUAGCGUAUGAGUUUGCGUCUGCUGGUUGUCGUCUGGUACUCUCUGCAAGGCGAGAAAAUUUGCUAAAAGAAGUGAAACAGAAAUGUAUAGAAAUUUCAACUUUGACAGCAGAUGACAUUCUUGUUCAGCCACUAGAUCUUCUUGACUUCAGUUCACAUCCAUCUGUUGCAGAAACUGUCAUCAAAUAUUUUAAAAAGGUUGAUAUUUUGGUCAACAAUGCUGGGCGAUCACAGAGGGGACUUAUUGUGGAGACAGCAUUAGAGGUUGAUCGCCAGGUUUUUGAGCUUGACCUUCUUGCACCAAUAUCUGUUACCAAGGCGAUUCUUCCAUACAUGAUCAAACAACGUCAAGGUCAUAUCAUGUGUACAAGUAGUGUUGCAGGAAAACUUGGUGCACCAGGGUCUGGCACAUAUUCUGCUGCAAAACAUGGCAUUCAGGGAUUUUUUGACACGCUUCGUAUUGAGUGUGCUCCAGACAAUAUAGGUGUGACAAUGGCAUGUCCAGGACCAGUAUUUUCUGAUGCACUUGUACAUGCUUUUACUUCAGAACCUGAUAAGAAACUGAAUGUGGAAAUGCAAAAAUCGUGGAAUAGAAUGACAGCUAGACGUUGUGCCUAUCUAAUGGUGGUAGCUGCAGCAAAUAAACUACAUGAAGCGUGGUUAACACCAAACCCAGAAUUAUUCUACUGUUAUCUUUUCCAGUAUACACCUUAUAUUGCUAAAAAAAUUGCAGUAAAACUUGGUCAGGGUAGAGCGAACAAAGUGAAAGCUGGAAUUGCUAAUUUACAUUGAUGCAGUCCCCAGCAUGUACAUAUGCGCUGUUAUAAUUAAUGUCUGUGAUUAUUUGUUCAUAAUUAUUGUGUUCUCAAACUAAUGUUUUAGAUUCAUAUAUUUACAUAUUUAAAACAGAGUUUUUAUAGAGAGUUGCAAUGUUUUACCAGUAGGCUAAAAGGUUGUCAUAAAUGGUACAUUCAGUCUGAAACGUAUUGUAAUUAGUAGUCAAAUAUGAAUUAGCAGUUGAUUGACAUAUUCUGUCACAGUUGACUAUUUGUACAUCGAUAAUAAUAAGUCAGGGUUCUUCAAACGCCAUGUCGGAUGGAGUUCAUUGUCUAUGACUAGACUUUGUGUUGAAGUUUUUGUUCACUUUUUAUUAUUCAGCAUGUCUUUGUUGUUAAUGAAUGGAUUUGCUUCAUAUAGUUCCACAUCAUCACCUACAUCAUAUGAUACAAGAUUCAUAACUUUGACACCAAUAUUAUGUAUUAUAUAAUAUGCAAUUACUAGUUAAACGUUUUGAUGCUGUUAUUACUAAAUGUGUUUGAUUGAAACAUACAAAUAUUUGUUCAUGUGUCAUCACUCACAUCUUGUAAGACAAGGUUGAUAAACCUUUGCGCUGUCUCCUCUGAGAAUCUUGUUAUAUUGGUUGUUGCACAACUUAAAAAUAGUCUGUGAUAUUUCAAUGCAAAAUGUUUAAUCAUGUAGUAAUUAUGUUAUUAUGCCCCCCUUCGAAGAAGGAGGGGUAUAUUGUUUUGCAGAUGUCGGUCGGUCGUUCUGUAUGUAGACCAAUCCGUUUCCGGAUGAUAACUCAAGAACGCUUGGUCCUGGGAUCAUGAAAGUUGAUAGGGAGGUUGGUCAUCACCAGUAGAUGACCCCUAUUGAUUUUGAGAUCAGUAUGUCAAAGGUCAAGGUCACAGUGACCUGGAACAGUAAAACGGUUUCCGGAUGAUAACUAAAGAAUGCUUGGGCAUAGGAUCUUGAAAGUUGAUAGGAAGGGAGGUUGGUCAUCACCAGUAGAUGACCCCUAUUGAUUUUGAGAUCAGUAGGUCAAAGGUCAAGGUCACAGUGAUCAGGAACAGUAAAACAGUUUCCGGAUGGUAACUCAAGAACGCUUGGGCCUAGGAUCAGGAAAAUUGAUAGGGAGGUUGCUCAUGAUGAGCAGAUGACCCCUAUUGAUUUUGAGAUCUUUAGGUCAAAGUUCAAGGUCACAUUGGCCAGGAACAGUUGAACGGUUUCUGGACAAUAACUCAAGAACGUUUGGGCCAAGGUUCAAGAAAGUUGAUAGAGAGGUUAAUCAUGACCAGCAGAUGACCCCUAUUGAUUUUGAGGUCAGUAGGUCAAAGGUCAAGAGUACAGUGACCCUGAAUAGUUAAACCAUUUCCAGACGAUUACUUGAGAAUGCUUGGGCCUAGGAUCACAAAACUUGAUAGGGAGAUUGGUCAUGACCUAUAGAUGACUCCUUUAGAUUUUGAGGUCAGAAGGCCAAAGGGCAAGGUCACAUUGGCCCGGAACAGUUAAACCCUUUCCGGACAAUAACUUGAGAACGCUUGGGCCUAGGAUCACGAAACUUAAUAGGGAGGUUGAUCAUGACCAGCAGACGACCCCUGUUGAUUUUUAGGUCAAUAGGUCAAAGGUCACAUUGAACCAGAACAGUAGAACUUUUGUUUACAGUGAACAAAUAAUAUUUGUUUCUUGUGCAAUUACUGAAUGCAUCAAGGGGGGCAUUUCAUGUUCUACGAGCUCGUUAUACAAAUCUUUAAUUUAUAGCCAAUAAAGUUUAUAGAU